UAUUUAUAUAUAUACAUUGUGCUUUGCUCUCUCCCAUUCGCCAGUUCUUUCUUUUUCUCAUCAUUCACGUAUAAGUACUCGGGCAAUAAAGCUCUGCUCUCCUCAGUCGGCUCGCGUGUCUCGACUGAUGUCAAUCAUCGGCCAAUCGCCUAUUAUAAUUUUCAAAACGACUUUUUGUAUCUGUUUGUCAUUUUUUUUUUUUUUUUUCUAAAUCGCUUACUUUUUGAAUAAUUAUGAAUUACAAAACUUCGUGUUCCCUGCUGGUCGUGUUGUUGGCGAUCGUCGCGGUGUUGGGAUACGUCGUGGUGAACCAACCGGUUGUCGAGGACUAUUGGAAAUUGAGGAACGAUUUUCUGAAGCACGAGCAGCACAGGACCUUUGGUGGUGAUUUCGAACUCGAGGACUGGGAACAGGCCGCCAACCAAGUCCUCAUGAAGGCAAAGCGCGCUGAAAUCGAUGACGGAUGCAAAAAACCGUCCAAGUUCCUGCCAUCGCAGAAUUUCUUCGUGGCAGCUGAGAAGAUCCGUCGGUCAGCGGUGUUCAAAAUAAUCCAAAAAAUGCCCAAAGGCUCCAUCCUUCAUGCCCAUGACACAGCUAUUGUCUCGAUGUACUACGUCCUGAAUAACAUCACUUACCGGCCGGAUUUGUACGUUUGCGACAUCGAUAGAGAUCCGAAGCUCCAGUUUUUUGACAAGCCCGACCAUACCUGCAACUGGACUCUGCUUGGGGAUUUACGUGAAAAACGUAACGAUGUCGAUCGUAAAAUUCGACAGAAAAUGACGAUGAACAGUGAAAAUUCUGAACUGGCCUAUCCAGAUAGUGACGCGGCUUGGGAGAAGUUCAUGUCGAUUUUUAUAUUCAUCACUCCUUUUUUGACGUACAGACCGAUCUACGAAGAUCACUUUUACCAAGGACUUUUGGAAUUUUACAAUGACAACGUACUCUAUCUUGAAUUAAGGACGACUUUGCCAACGUUGUACGAUCUCAAUGGUACGAAGUAUGAAAAUGUGGAGGUUGCAAAAAUUUACAAAAAAGUCACCGACAGAUUCCUCAAAGACUACCCAGACUUUGUGGGCGUGAAGCUGAUCUACGCUCCGUUGCGCAACUGCAAGAAAAUCGAGUUCAACGAGUACUUGAAGAUAGCUGAGGAGCUGAAAAGGCAACUCCCGGACUUCAUAGCCGGAUUCGAUCUCGUCGGUCAGGAGGACAAAGGCAAACCCCUUGUGGAGUUUGCCGAGGGGCUGCGCUCGAUCGGCAACGAUGUCCAGCUGUUCUUCCACUCCGGCGAGACCAACUGGUACGGGACGAGUGUGGAUGAAAAUCUCGUCGACGCUGUUUUGCUCAACACCAAAAGGAUCGGCCACGGGUUUGCGCUGCUAAAGCACCCGAAGGUCAUGGAAAUGGUGCGCGACAAGAGCAUAGCGAUCGAGGUGUCGCCGAUUUCCAAUCAAGUCCUGGGUCUGGUCAAGGACCUCCGCAACCAUCCGGCAGCUGCACUUUUUGCCAACAAUUACCCGGUCGUGGUGUCAAAUGACGAUCCUCGCAUGUGGGAAGCCAAAGGACUCAGUUACGAUUUCUACGAAGCCUUUGUCGGGAUAAUGUCUCGCAGUGCCGAUCUCAGGGCUUUGAAGAAACUCGCGCUCAAUUCGAUCGAGUACUCGAGUAUGAAUGUAGUGCAGAAGAAAAAAGCCAAAGAGAUUUGGAAUAGACGCUGGGAAAAGUUUGUUGUUGAUUUAAAGAACCUGAGAGACAACACAGAAAAGAUUUGACCAUUUAAUGUACAAGACAAACAAUUGUACUACCAAAGUGUGCAUAGUUGUAAUUUAAUUAUGAUACUUACGUGGAGAGACAUUCAAGAUAGGGAUUAUCGAAGGAUUGAAAAAAAAAAUACAAGAAAAUGUUAUUACGUUCACGCGAUUUUGUGUAAGCUUUGAGAUCACAGAUAUUUAGUUGGAUGACAAUUUUUUUAUUAUUUAAUCAGAUACUGAUAUUAGAUUUACAAUAGUUACAAUAUAAAUAUGUGAUCAUUAUGAGGCAUAAAUCACGGCACAAAAAACAAUAUACUUAAUCUUAAUAUAACUUAAAUAAUAUAUAUGUCUGUGGAUAAUUACAGGACUUUGAUAGCUACGUUAAGAAUUUAUAAUUUAACUUUUAAUCUGUAAACAAAUUAAGGUCAACAACUAAGAUACUCAGAUUUUUAUCAUGCAUCAAUAUAUUUUAAUAAUAUUUAAAUAACAUGGAAGCAAAUAUAAACUACUUCGUGGUGCUAAUUGUGUAAAAUUCCUUGUAUAACGAGCUUUUUUUACAAACUAACGUAAAUGUUAAAGCUAAACGGCAAAACAGAAAAUUAUCAUGUUAUACCUGACACUUGAUACGCAGUUGAGUAAUAAGGUUUUUUUUUUUUUUUAAUAAAGAUAUCCUGUACAUAUACA